AUGCAGAACAACCCCCAGGAGCUUUCAUGGCAGGCGAUUCAGGCUAUUGUCGGGGUUAAACUUCCGCCUAAUGUGUUGCGAUUCGACGACAUUGAAUUUCAUUUAAUUAACUCAAGAUUAGGUGACGAAGAUUCGGAUUCUGAUGUUGAAAUUAUCGAAAAUGAUUGGGAGUCGGACAAUAAUGUAUCGUCAAAGCCCGAGCAUUCGGACAACGAGAAACCUUCACCUGAAAGAGGGCAGAGUGAGUCACCUAUUCUACAUCUCGUAGAACCUGAUAAUAACAAUUCAGGAAAAGAUUUAUUAGACUAUAGAAACUAUCUAGCCAAAAUGGAUACCAAAGAUAUCGAAAUCGAUCAAACUAUUCUCAAUCAAAGCGACGACGCCGACAGCUCAAACGGGAAUGUCAUGUCCAUUGAAAAUUAUUUAGAAGUAACCUUGUCUACAGACUCUGAGGCUAGUCAUACUUGUAGCCAGUGCAACCAAAUAUUUUCCAGUGAACAGUUGUUGUCAUCGCAUAAUUGCAAUGCUAAACCCACCGAAGAGAAAAAAUAUCCAUGUCAUGUUUGUUCAGAAAAAUUCCCUAGCUAUUGGGAACUCAGAAAGCACAUUAACAGUCAUUUUCCAGGAAUGCUGGAUUCUAAAUCAAGCUUUUGUCACUUGUGUCAGAAAGACUAUACGAAAACAGGAUUCAUGAACCAUUUGAGAAAGCAUACUGGAGAGCGCCCAUUUGUGUGUGAGUUGUGUCAUAAAGCAUUCUCCCAGUCAAGUUCACUCUCUAUACACAUGAAGUUUCACCUCAAUGUGCGCAAACAUGCAUGCACUGUCUGCGAAAAGAAGUUUGUUACCAAAAGUGAACUGUCACGACACAUGACUGUUCACACAAAACAAAAGUCAUAUUACUGUGGUGUCUGUGAUAAAGCAUUCACUCGUUCUGAUAAUAUGAAAAAACAUGAGAAAACACAUGGAUAA